AUCCGUGGCCAUCAUGUGGCACAGCUGGAUCCCCUUGGAAUUCUGGAUGCAGACUUGGAUUCGUUUGUUCCAUCUGACUUAAUCACUACAAUCGAUAAACUUGGGUUUUACGGUUUGCAUGAAUCUGAUUUGGACAAAGUCUUUCAGCUGCCUACAACCACCUUCAUUGGAGGAAAUGAGAACAGUCUUUCUUUACGAGAGAUCAUCAAACGGUUGGAGAAUACCUACUGCCAACACAUUGGCUUGGAGUUCAUGUUCAUCAAUGAUGUGGAACAGUGCCAGUGGAUCCGGCAGAAAUUUGAGACGCCGGGAGUUAUGAAGUUUACUAAUGAGGAAAAAAGGACUUUGUUGGCAAGGCUGGUGCGCUCAAUGAGAUUUGAAGACUUCCUUGCUCGCAAGUGGUCUUCCGAGAAGAGAUUUGGUUUGGAAGGAUGUGAAGUAAUGAUUCCUGCACUAAAGACCAUCAUUGAUAAAUCCAGUGAAAUGGGAAUCGAAUAUGUUAUAAUGGGGAUGCCUCAUAGAGGUAGGCUGAAUGUAUUGGCUAACGUAAUCCGAAAAGAGCUGGAGCAGAUCUUCUGUCAGUUUGAUCCCAAACUUGAAGCAGCUGAUGAGGGAUCUGGGGAUGUAAAAUAUCAUCUGGGAAUGUAUCAUGAGAGGAUCAACCGAGCAACAAACAAGAAAAUCACUCUGUCCCUGAUGGCUAACCCUUCGCACUUGGAGGCGGUUGAUCCUGUUGUGCAAGGGAAGACAAAAGCUGAACAGUUUUAUCGAGGGGAUACGGCAGGGAAAAAGGUUAUGUCCAUAUUGUUGCAUGGGGAUGCUGCCUUUGCAGGACAAGGAGUGGUUUACGAGACGUUUCAUCUUAGUGACCUCCCGUCCUACACCACGAAUGGCACUAUUCACGUUGUGGUCAACAACCAGAUUGGCUUCACCACAGACCCUCGUAUGGCCCGUUCAUCGCCGUACCCUACUGAUGUCGCUCGUGUGGUCAAUGCUCCCAUUUUUCAUGUGAAUGCUGAUGACCCUGAAGCAGUGAUGUAUGUGUGCAGUGUAGCUGCAGAAUGGCGAAACACAUUCAAUAAGGAUGUGGUGGUCGACUUGGUUUGUUAUCGUAGGAGAGGGCACAAUGAGAUGGAUGAACCAAUGUUCACCCAGCCUCUGAUGUACAAGCAGAUUCAUAAGCAGGUGCCAGUGCUGAAGAAGUAUGCUGACAAACUGAUUGCAGAUGGGACCGUAACACUGCAGGAGUUUGAGGAAGAAAUUGCAAAGUAUGAUAGAAUAUGUGAAGAAGCAUAUACUAGAUCUAAGGAUAACAAGAUCCUACAUAUCAAGCACUGGCUUGAUUCACCUUGGCCUGGAUUCUUUAAUGUGGAUGGAGAACCCAAGAGCAUGUCUUGCCCUCCAACUGGCAUUUCAGAAGACCUGCUGACUCACAUUGGCAAUGUAGCUAGUUCGGUGCCAGUCAAAGACUUCAGAAUACAUGCAGGACUCUCUCGGAUUUUGAGAGCUCGCUUGGAAAUGACCAAGAACAGGGUUGUUGACUGGGCCUUAGCAGAAUAUAUGGCUUUUGGUUCUUUCCUGAAAGAAGGGAUCCAUGUUCGACUAAGUGGACAGGAUGUGGAGAGGGGUACUUUUAGCCAUCGUCAUCAUGUGCUUCAUGAUCAAGAAGUUGACAAGAGAACGUGUGUUCCUAUGAAUCACCUCUGGGAGCAGCAGGCCCCCUAUACUGUGUGCAACAGCUCCCUUUCCGAAUAUGGUGUCUUAGGUUUUGAACUUGGCUUUGCUAUGGCCAGUCCCAAUGCCCUGGUGUGCUGGGAGGCCCAGUUUGGCGACUUCCACAACACUGCACAGUGUAUAAUAGACCAGUUCAUCAGCUCUGGCCAGGCCAAGUGGGUUCGUCACAACGGGAUCGUCCUGCUCUUGCCACACGGAAUGGAAGGAAUGGGUCCAGAGCAUUCAUCAGCCAGGCCUGAGAGGUUUCUGCAGAUGAGCAAUGACGAUUCUGAUGCUUAUCCAGAGUUCAGUGAGCAGUUUGAAGUUUCCCAGCUGUAUGAAUGCAACUGGAUUGUGGUGAAUUGUUCAACGCCAGCCAAUUACUUUCACGUCCUCAGAAGACAGAUCUUGCUGCCGUUCAGAAAACCGCUGAUUAUUUUGACACCCAAGUCGCUGCUGAGGCAUCCAGAAGCUAAAUCCAGUUUUGAUGAAAUGGUGUCUGGUACCACUUUCCAACGCGUGAUUCCUGAGAACGGGCUGGCAGCUCAUGCACCACAUGAGGUCAAGCGAGUGAUUUUCUGCACGGGAAAAGUGUACUAUGAUCUUGUGAAAGAGAGAAAGAAUCAAGACCUGGAGAAACAAGUAGCUAUAACCAGACUUGAACAGAUCUCACCAUUCCCCUUUGACCUGCUGAAACAAGAACUUGAGAAGUAUCCAGGUGCUGAUCUAGUUUGGUGUCAGGAGGAACACAAGAACAGUGGAUAUUACGAUUAUGUCAAACCUCGUUUCCGCACUAUUGUGAACCACACUCGACCUAUAUGGUAUGUUGGCCGAGAGCCUGCUGCUGCAGCUGCCACAGGCAACAAGAACACGCAUCUGGUGUCACUCAGAAGGUUCUUGGAUACAGCUUUCAACCUGGAGGCCUUUGAGGGAAAGACAUUCUAACUGCAGGGCUCCGACCCAUUUCCCUGACGAGUCGUCUCUCAAAUCACUGCAUCCGAAAGAGGAAAUAAAAGUGGGAAAAAUACUGGAAAUUCUGUCUUUUUGCUUUACCAGAUAAAACUAUCCAGCCACUGACUUCA